GAAGUAGAAAUGGGUGGUUUUGAUAGUGAAUUCCAAUUUAGAAUUAAUAAUGAUCCUCAUAAUCAAAUUUUUUUAAUCGAUUUACCUUUUGAAACGCCAGUAAAAGAAGCCAUUCCUAUAAUUAAAGAUAAGAUGGAAGCUCAAGAUAACCCAGUUUCGAAGUUUGAUCUUUAUGCCGAUACUCCCUUUCUACCACCAAUGAAGUUGGGACCAAAUGAUAAAAUUUCUGAAUAUUUUAACGUUAACCAUCCCGAUAAGAAUUACAUUAUUAUAAAACCAUCUCCCAAUCCUAUCAAAGAUGCUAAAUCCACCAUUUCACCAACUCCAACCGACUUCGGAUCUCUUAAAAAGGAAACAGAAUUAAUAACUUGUGGUGAUGACGAUGAUGUUGAAG